GUCCGUCGUCCGUCGUCCAGCUUGAUGCUUGCUGCUUGUGUUGUCCGUGCAUCGGCCCAUCCACGAUAUCGUACUCGUUCGAAGGUUGCGGAGUGGAUCUUUCCAAGGACAACUUCAGCUGAUCGGGUUACACACGUAAGAGAGUCAAUACCAGGAGCAGAAGCCCGAAUAGCACAACCAGCGCGUCUUGGCUCCGCUCAGCUCUGCUCGACCGAAUUGCUCUCGUACAAUUCUGGUUAUCAUGGGCUCGCUGGGGAUUCCGGUCAAGCUGUUGCACGAAGCACUCGGCCAUGUGAUCACAGUGGAGAUCAAGGGUGGGUCUUCCUACCGGGGAAAGUUAUUCGAGGCCGAGGACAACUUGAACGUUUCGCUCAAGGAAGUAACCGUAACCGCUCGGGACGGGAAGCAAAGUCCGAUGGACAGUGUAUACAUUCGAGGGAGUAUGAUCAGGUUCAUCGUUGUUCCAGACAUGCUGCAACAAGCUCCGAUGUUCAAACGAGUCGGGCCGAAUGCGAUGAAGGGGCGUGGCAUCGGUAGUGCCCGUGGUCGUGCGACCAUUCUCAGAGCUCAAUCCCGAAGAGGGCGAGGGCAAGCGCCUCGGUCGCAGGGCAUCAGACGAUAGCUGCAUUCUGCUAACUGCAUAAUCGUGUCACCUCAAAUUUGCGUCAGCAUGGAGACGCGCAUCUCCCCGUCAAGCC